AUGGACUACCCUCGCAAACGUGUAAUCUCAGCAGUGGAUUUAAGGAGUCAUGAAAACAACCUGGUUCACCGCACAAGAGAGAUCCACCGCGAGCGCUUGAUCCUUCGCAGGGGGCAGCCCUUUUCCAUCACACUGCAGUGUUCAGAGCCCCUACCCCCUGAACACUACCUGGAACUGGUGCUGCAUGUUGGCAAAAGAGACAAGGCUGUGAUGAAGGUUCAGAAGGAGCAGGGAUCUGGGGACAAGUGGUGGUUCGUCCAACAGGAAGUCCAGGAUGAGAUCCUGCUGACCCUCCACAGCCCAGCAGAUAGUCUGAUUGGAGAGUACAGUUUGGUGGUGCUGCUGAUGUCUCCUGGAGGACACAUUCAAGAAAAAACAGACAGAAUUAAGUUCCAUUUGCUGUUCAACCCGUGGUGCAAAGAAGAUGAGGUGUAUCUCCCUGAUGAGGGCCAACUGCAGGAGUACAUAAUGAAUGAGAAUGGAAUCAUAUAUAUGGGAUCCAAAGAUUAUAUAAACACCCUUUACUGGAGUUACGGACAGUUUGAAGACAAUGUGAUGGACAUCUGCUUUGAGAUCCUGGACAACUCAAAUGAAUCGCUGAACAACUGCCAUCUUGACAAUGAGAGGCGAGGAGACCCCGUCUAUAUCUGCAGAAUCAUAAGUGCCAUGAUUAAUGCUAAUGGUGACAGAGGAGUGAUAAGAGGUCGCUGGCAAGAGCCCUACACGGAUGGGGUCUCGCCCAGCCACUGGACGGGCAGUGUGCCUAUUCUCAAACAGUGGAGCAAGGCCGGGGCCACAGCAGUCAAGUAUGGACAGUGUUGGGUGUUUGCUGCAGUGGCAUGCACAGUGUUGCGUUGUUUUGGGAUCCCAACACGAGUCAUCACGAACUUUAACUCUGCUCAUGACGUUGAUGGAAACCUCUCCAUAGAUGUCCUUUACAAUGAACAUCUGGACAGAAUAGACCAGGGCAAACAGGACAGUAGAUGGAACUUUCAUUGUUGGGUGGAGAGCUGGAUGAGCAGAAGUGACCUGCCAAAAGGAAACAAUGGCUGGCAGGUACUGGACCCAACCCCCCAGGAGCUGAGUGAGGGAAAGUUUUGCUGUGGGCCAUGUCCAGUGACUGCCAUAAAAGAGGGAAACCUAUCAGUCAAGUAUGACGCUCCGUUUAUAUUUGCUGAGGUGAAUGCAGACAUUGUGGAGUGGAUGGUUCGCACUGAUGGUCAAAAGCAAAAGAUCAGAGUGGAUGCGAGGAGUGUGGGAAAAUAUAUCAGCACCAAAAGUGUUUUCGGUGACUUCAGGGAGGACGUGACUCACAAUUACAAAUAUUCAGAGGGUUCCAUUGAAGAAAGAGAUGUGUACAACAAAGCAGGUCGAAGAACUCCUGUACCAACUAUUGAAAACUCUGGACUGGAUAAUCUGGAAAUGAUCAUUAAACAUACAAAACCUGUAUUUGGGACUGACUUUGACGUCAUUAUUGAGGUGAAGAAUAACGGUGUUAAAGAUGCUCAAGCUCAUCUUACAGUCCUGGCUUUCGCUAUGACUUACAAUUCCAUCCACCAGGGGGAGUGUCAGAGGCAGAAAAUCAGCCUCUCUCUCCCUGCUCUUGAAGUGCACAGGGAAGUUCUGCGUGUACGCUAUGAUGAGUAUGUGAGGUGUGUGUCUGAACAUUACCUGAUUGGAUUAAAAGCGUUCCUAGAAGUGUCAGGAGAAAACGAGCCCAUAAUGAAAACAGCGAACAUCCCACUGAGCAAACCCGAGCUCCUUGUUCAAGUGCCUGGCAAAGCUAUGCUGCUUGAGACAAUGACCAGUACCAUCUCUUUCACAAAUCCUUUGCCAGUUCCACUAAAGGGUGGAGUAUUCACAGUAGAGGGAGCUGGUCUUCUGUCUGCCACUGAAGUCCAUGUAAAAGGGGAUAUAGCUCCAGGCCAAAGGGUGACAGUGAAACUCUCCUUCACUCCAUUGAAGCCCGGAGUGAGAAAACUCAUGAUCGAGUUUGACUCAGAUCGGUUGAAGGAUUGUUGUUUGAGGUUUCUGCACAUAGGUGGAUUUAACCAAAGGACCGUUAAAAUGGCUGAGGCGGCUGCUGCUGGUGGUGGUGGUGGUGGUGUAGACCUGAGCAGGAAGUUUGUGUCCGAGUCUGAACUUGAUGAGAGAAGAAAAAAGAGACAAGAGGAAUGGGAGAAAGUCAGAAAACCUGAUGAUCCAGAAGAGGCUCCAGAGGAGGCAUAUGACCCCCGAUCUCUGUUUGAACGGCUACAGGAGCAGAAAGACAAGAAACAAGAAGAGUUUGAAGAGCAAUUCAAAUUCAAGAACAUGGUGAGGGGAUUGGAUGAGGAGGAGACCAGCUUCCUGGACGAGGUUUCCCGGCAACAGUGCCUCGUCGAGAAGCGGCGGAGAGACGAAGAGAAGCUGGAACUGCUGGAAUACAGAAUAUCCUUUCAUCUUGGCUACAGUGCUAUGGCAAAGCAUUCGGCAUCUGAAAACCGCAGAGAGCCCGAAAAGAAGACCACAUCCAAACAAUCUGUAGGAGAGCAGCGGACCAGCCACUUGUCCCAGGCUCACUUACUUGCUGGAGCUGUCAAGAGGCGCAGUUCCUCACAAUCAUCGGACGGCGCUAAAAAACAGAAGGUGGAAAAUGCAGGUUCAACAACAACAGGAACUGGAGACAUUCACACAGAGCAGGAGCGAGGAGCCUCUGCAGAAGCCGAGGCGGCUGAUCGGCCUCCAGGAGCCACCUCUAGAGCCGUCUCCCAGAAUGCCAGUCGGGGCGUGGUGCACCUUCCCGCCGCUGCGGUCUGUGUGGGCGUUCUACCUGGACUCUGCAAUUACUCCGGCAGCAGUGACUCUGACAGCAGCUCGGACAGCGAAGUUUAA